AUGGAAGAUCCCUCAGGAGGAGCUGACGAGUUUCGCUCCCACAACCACGCCGAGCGCAUGAUGAAACGGCUAGAAACCUAUGCCAGCAAGCGGCAGCUGUGUGAUGUGGUUCUGUUGGCAGAAGACCGUCGCAUCCCAGCCCACCGGUUGGUCUUAUGCGCCGCCUCUGACUACUUUGCCGCGAUGUUUACCAACAAUGUCCGGGAGGCCAGCAUGGAUGAGAUCCACAUCAAGGAUGUCGAUGCUGAGGCUCUGGCCAGCCUGGUGCAGUACGCCUACACAGGUCACAUUCAGCUGAAGGAGGAAACGGUGGAGAACCUUCUGUCGACAGCCUGCCUUCUACAGAUGUCUGAAGUGGUUGAGGCCUGCUGCAGCUUCCUGAUGAAACAACUGCAUCCUUCAAACUGUAUUGGCAUUCGUCAGUUUGCUGAUGCUCAGGGUUGUUUAGAUCUCUACAAGGUUGCUAACAACUAUGUCAUGGACAGAUUUGUAGAAGUCAUGCACAACCAGGAGUUCCUGAUGCUCCCCUGUGACGAGAUCUGCAAGCUGUUUGCCAGUGAUGACAUUAAUGUGCCUAAUGAAGAAACCAUAUUUGAGGCUGUGCUGAUGUGGGCCAGGCAUGACCUGAUGACCCGGAAGAAGUUCCUGGCCAUUUUAUUGUCUCAUAUCAAGUUACCACUUAUGGCGCCACAGUUCAUUGCAGACCAUGUGGAAACAAACAACUUGUUUCAUGAUGACAAGGACUGCCAACAACUGAUUAUGGAAGCCCUCAAGUACCAUUUGUUGCCAGAGCGACGUUCCUCAUUCCAGUCUCCUCGUACCAAACCCAGGAAGUCAACCGUAGGGGUCUUGUAUGCAGUCGGCAGCAUGGAAUGCACAAAAGGACCAACAAGUAUAGAGAAGUAUGAUCUGCGAACCAACACCUGGACUCAGGUGGCCAACAUGGCAGGGCGGCGGCUGCAGUUUGGGGUGGCCGUUCUGGAAGACAAGCUAUUUGUGGUUGGUGGAAGAGAUGGACUGAAGACCCUGAACACAGUGGAAUGUUAUGACCCUAAAAAGAAGACAUGGAAUUUGAUGCCUCCAAUGUCCACACAUAGACAUGGUCUAGGUGUGGGAGUCCUGGAGGGUCCUAUGUACGCUGUGGGAGGACAUGAUGGCUGGUCCUACCUGAAUACAGUUGAGAGAUGGGAUCCACAAGCCAGACAGUGGAGCUAUGUGGCCCCCAUGUCCACUCCCCGCAGCACUGUUGGUGUGGCAGCACUGCUUGGAAAGUUGUAUGCUGUAGGUGGCAGAGAUGGCGGCUCGUGCCUUAGAACAGUGGAGUGCUUUGACCCUCACACCAACAAGUGGACCCAUUGUACCCCCAUGUCCAAGAAGAGGGGAGGAGUGGGAGCUGCCAACUGUAAUGGGUUCCUGUACGCAGUGGGCGGCUACGAAGCCCCGGCUACUAAUCCCACAAGUAGUAGAUUUGAUUGUGCUGAGAGGUAUGAUCCAAAAACUGACCAGUGGACAGUGAUCUCACCCAUGGGCAGCCCCCGGGAUUCUGUUGGCCUGUGUCCACUGGGGGACAGACUGUUUGCUGUGGGAGGCUACGACGGUGUCCAGUAUCUCAACGAAGUCGAAUGCUACGACCCAAUCAACAACGAAUGGAGCAAAGUGUCUCCCCUGUGUACAGGCCGAGCCGGAGCAUGUGUAGUUCAUGUACCAAACAGCUGA